AUGGAGCCUAGUGACGCGGCGCACCGCGGUCCAGGGAGGGCUGUUUGGGCGCUGGCGCCGCGGCUGCUGCUGCUGCCACUGUUGCCAGUGCUGCUGGGUCGGGGGCUGCGGCUCGGGGCCGCGGCCUCCUCCUCUGGGGCGGCGGCCGAGGACAGCAGCGCCAUGGAGGAGCUCGCCACCGAGAAGGAGGCGGAGGAAAGCCACCGGCAGGACAGCGUGAGCCUGCUCACUUUCAUCCUCCUGCUCACCCUCACCAUCCUCACCAUCUGGCUCUUCAAGCACCGCCGGGUGCGCUUUCUGCACGAGACCGGGCUGGCCAUGAUCUAUGGGCUCAUUGUUGGAGUGAUCCUGAGGUAUGGUACCCCUGCUACCAGCGGACAUGACAAGUCACUCAGCUGUACUCAGGAAGAUAGAGCCUUUAGCACCUUAUUAGUGAAUGUCAGUGGGAAGUUCUUUGAAUACACUUUGAAAGGAGAAAUCAGCCCUGGCAAGAUCAAUAAUGUGGAGCAGAAUGACAUGCUGCGGAAGGUAACAUUUGAUCCAGAGGUAUUUUUCAACAUUCUGCUGCCUCCAAUUAUUUUCCAUGCUGGAUACAGUUUAAAGAAGAGACACUUUUUCAGAAAUCUUGGAUCAAUUCUGGCCUAUGCCUUCUUUGGGACAGCGGUUUCCUGCUUCAUUAUUGGAAAUCUUAUGUAUGGGGUGGUGAAACUCAUGAAGAUUGUGGGCCAGCUCUCUGAUAAAUUUUACUACACGGAUUGUCUCUUUUUUGGAGCAAUUAUCUCUGCCACUGACCCAGUGACUGUGUUGGCAAUCUUUAAUGAACUGCAUGCAGAUGUGGAUCUUUAUGCUCUUCUGUUUGGAGAGAGUGUCCUGAAUGAUGCUGUUGCCAUUGUACUGUCCUCGUCUAUUGUUGCCUAUCAGCCAGCAGGACUAAAUACCCACGCUUUUGACGCUGCUGCCUUUUUUAAGUCAGUUGGCAUUUUUCUAGGUAUAUUUAGUGGCUCUUUUACGAUGGGAGCUGCAACUGGUGUUGUGACUGCUUUAGUGACCAAGUUUACUAAGCUGCACUGCUUCCCCCUGCUGGAGACAGCGCUCUUUUUCCUGAUGUCCUGGAGCACGUUUCUUUUGGCUGAAGCCUGUGGAUUUACAGGUGUUGUAGCUGUCCUUUUCUGUGGGAUUACACAAGCUCAUUAUACAUACAACAAUCUGUCAGUAGAAUCAAGAAGUCGAAGCAAGCAGCUUUUUGAGGUGUUACACUUUCUGGCGGAGAACUUCAUCUUCUCCUAUAUGGGCCUAGCACUGUUCACCUUCCAGAAGCAUGUUUUCAGCCCCAUUUUCAUCAUUGGUGCUUUUGUUGCCAUCUUCCUGGGCAGGGCUGCACAUAUCUACCCUCUCUCCUUCUUCCUCAACCUGGGCAGAAGGCACAAGAUUGGCUGGAAUUUUCAACACAUGAUGAUGUUUUCAGGCCUGAGGGGAGCAAUGGCAUUUGCACUUGCCAUCCGUGACACGGCCUCCUAUGCCCGCCAGAUGAUGUUCACAACCACGCUCCUCAUUGUCUUCUUCACUGUAUGGGUCAUCGGUGGAGGCACCACUCCAAUGUUGUCAUGGCUCAAUAUAAGAGUUGGUGUGGAAGAGCUCUCGGAAGAGGACCAGAAUGAACAUUCCAUGGUGACUUUUAGAGUUGGUGUUGACCCAGAUCAAGACCCACCACCUAACAACGACAGCUUUCAAGUCUUACAAGGGGAUGGCCUGGAUUCUGCUGGAGGAAGCCGGACAAAGCAGGAGAGUGCAUGGAUAUUCAGGCUGUGGUACGGCUUUGAUCACAAUUACUUGAAGCCCAUUCUCACCCACAGUGGUCCCCCGCUAACCACCACUCUCCCAGCUUGGUGUGGCUUGCUAGCUCGAUGUCUAACCAGUCCCCAGGUGUAUGAUAACCAAGAGCCACUGAGAGAAGAUGACUCUGAUUUCAUCCUGACGGAGGGUGACCUCACUUUGACCUAUGGAGACAGCACUGUGACGGCAAAUGGCUCCUCGAGCUCCUACACAGCUUCCACAAGUCUUGAGGGCGGUCGGAGAACGAAAAGCAGCUCGGAGGAAGUGUUUGAACGAGACCUGGGAAUGGGAGAUCACAAGGUUUCCAGUCGGGGUACCCCCCUUGUGUUUCCACUACAGGAAAAUGCAUGACUUACCCUAAGUCCUGAAGGAUCAUGGAGGCUCUCAUGAGGAUGAGGAUGAGGAUGGCCAAAUGCCCCAGUGUGUUUGAGGUGUGACAUUGACUGGGUUAAACUAAUGCUUCUAUUUCAUUGGGCCCUGAAACUAUCAUCACUUAAAACUUAACCCAAAACUCGGAUGCUGAAGCUAAAACGUCUCUAAAUUAAGACAAAUGCAGACCUAUUCCCACUUUUUCACAUAGCAGUACACUGUUUGAGAGUUCAACAAAGUAAUAGCAUGCUUUAAUGGUUUCUCACUUCACUUCCUGCAGCAUCUGACAAUGGUGGGCAGAUACUGGGCUGUAGUGCCAGUCUAGCUGGCUUUAAGGAACAUUAAGUUGGGAGGACAAGUUAGACAAAAGACGGUGAAGAAAGGAAACAGAAAUCAGACUCAGUGGUGCUACAUGCUGGUGUUACACCAGACAGUAGAGCCCCCGGCUCUGAAGACUUACACAGCUGCUUCCUCCUGUCAGAGUCCUAGCUGUUCCAUCUGUGUUGCUCCUAGACUGAAGAUUAGGAAGCAUGUCCACAGGCUGGGCCAUUAGCUCAACGGCAGAAUGCUAGAGUGCUUGCCUACAGUGCAUAAGACCCUGGGUUCCAUCCCCAGCUUGCAAAAAGUGCGUGUGUGGUGGGGAGGUUCCAAGAGCAUUCAGUAUGGGGAAAAGAAGUCUAGUUCCUUCUCUGGAAAUCCUUAUAAAAGAGAUACUGAAAUGUUUAAAACUAAAGGCAAAUCAUGUUCUGUUCUUUUUAAUGAAUAUGAGGACAGGAGGUGUUGAGAACCUGCUGACGA